GCCGACUCCGCAUUCUGUCUGAACGUUCUCUUGUUCUCUAUUCUCAGUGACACCCGCAUCGCCUCUCUCACGAUCUGCGCCUUCUCGCGCCUCUGCUGGCCGACGUCUCUGCGUCCGACUCCCUCUCCACCUUCGUCUGUGUUCAGCUCCGUCCUGCUUCGUUUGGCCGAUCGUCUCUCCACUCUCCCCACUCUCCACCCGGCUGUCUUCUUUCCUCUCUCUCUCUCUCUCAUCUUCGCGCUCCUCUGUCUCUUCUCGGCGCGGACGCUCUCCCGCAGCCGCAGGCCUCGGCUCCGCGCCGCCUUCGGGUGUACGCGUACUUCCUCUGCAGAUUUCUUCGAAGACGCGCCGAGGAUCUUCUGAGUGGAGCCGAGUGCCGAUGACGUAGAAGUCGAGAGCGAGGAGGAGGCGCGUAACUUGGAGGCCGAUGCCGGAGGAGGAGCCCGUGACGAGGACGGCGAGUUUUCUCUCUUGCGCUUUCUCUCGUUCUCUCCAGGAGUUGAACGCUGAGAGGGCAAACGCCGCGCCGCGGAACGAGGCGAUGCCAAGGCACAGCGCGCGAGAAACAAACGAGGAAGAAGACCAGCAGGCGUCCAAGGCAUCCCCCCAAGACUGGCUGUGGUCUAGAGAGAGAGAACGCGGGGAAAGAAACAGAGAGAAAAGAGAGAGCGCCCAGAGACCAGCUUCUGCACUUUUUCCUGCAGUGAUAAGAAGGAGAAGGAGAACAAGACAACAACGAUCCUUCUUUCUCUCCGGGAAGCGAGAGGCCCUCUCUUGGCUUCGCUGGCGGCUCUCCGGCGACCGCAGAGCGAGAGACGGAAGAAGAGGAGACGUCGCUCGCAGAAGGAAACUCCAGGAGAGAGACAAGGCGAAAAGAGACAACACCAUGGCGACACGAGAGGCCCACCGCCGCGCGAUAUUCAUGCAGACUCCGCGCUUGUCGCCAAACACACAAGAAUCGCAGUGUAUGUAUACACACUCGCUCCGACGAAGGCCGACUCGGUCCUGAGAUCAGCCUCCAGACGUCUAAAGACGUUCGGUCGUUGAUGAAUCAUCCAUCGACAGGCAGCUGUCUCGACAUGCCAUAUGUGAGGCGGAACCAGGAAGGAACCAUCGCGUUUGUAGCGACUUGCCUGGAGCAGAUCAUCUGCAUCGCCUAAAAUAGCCAGCCAGGUGAGUGUGUAGACACACAACCGCCGGGCAAGACUCUCCAUUCACUGGAGAGCGUUGCAGGAAGAUUCGAUUUCUUCUGCGACCUGAGAUGCGUCGGGAAAAUCUUUUCCGAGUUUCGCGGUUUGCCUGAGUUCUCUUCAUCUCUCGUGGUUCCUCGUGUCAUCUUUUUUCGUGCAUGCGCAUGCAAACGCUUCGGCGAGUCUCGCUCUCGACCGCGCGCCUCGCCUCUCUCUCCCGUCAAAGAGGCCAAGCACGAAACGCGAGAAAAUCUGUCUCCGCUUGAAGUUCAUGUUUUUACGGCUUGCGUACGAAGGCCUCUGGGAGGCUCCGCGGUUUCCUCUUGCGGCCCGAGGGCAGAACAGGAGACGAGAGGCAAGAGGAGAAGAAGCAUGCGUUCCUGAAGAAAAUGUCUCUGACCUUUCCUCUUCAGUCAGUAGUUCCACUGAUGCGGAGCCGGCGCUUAUGAACUUCUCGGCUUUCGCUGCACCGUUCUGCCUCUUUCGCCCAAAAAAAAACAGCUCCGACCUUACACUGGAGCCAACGCAAACAUCAGCCUACAUCGAUACAUCCCCAUCCAUACAUAAAACGCAUAUGCAUAUAUACAUUUAUGUGCAUCGAUUUUGUAUAUAGUUGAUUCACUUGUGCCUUCCUGUAUAUCCCUGUGUGUAAAGGAGUCCGUGAAAUAUGGGAGCUCCUUCCAGUGCGACCUUCUUUGCAGUUCGCCGGUCACUGGCGAGGCUAUUAUUUUUAAGACAGCCGUCUCUGAGAAUCAAAACCACAUACAUCUACGCGCGUUCGCGCCUUAAUGAGUUGUUAAAAAAGAGUUGAAGUGCGAAGGAUGGCGGGAGUUCCUGAGUCAUCUCUGGGGAGAGGGGUGUCUGGGUUUUCGCCCACGUGCAUGCGCCUGCAAGGCGCCAGUUCCUCUCUUCUCUCGUCUCUCCUCGCGUCUCAUUCAUGGCAUUUUGUCGAAAAUGGAAAUCUGUUGUAUCCUGCAUCUUCACCUGAACAGGCUGCAGAAGAAGGACCGCUGUCGAAUCCGGCAGAAACGCCUGAAGCCGCCAAGAAAGAUCUCUCCGAACGCUCUCCGGCUUUCGCCGCUCCGCCGGGGUGUACAUACACGCCGCCAAAGAGUUCUGCUUCCGAGGAAGAAUCUGCAGUCUUUCUGUCCGUCGGACCGGUGACUCUCGCGUCGCAGCUUUCGCUGCGCAGCCUCGAGGGAAAGCAGAGUGUCGGCCCUCACUCGAAGGAAAACUUGUUUGUGCCCGAAAAAGACUGUUCCGCGACAGAGAGCCUCCCUGUCCUCUUUCGAUUCCUUUCGUCCUCCGCUGGAGUCUCCAAUUGCCAAGGUCGCGCAUGCGAGGCUUCUGCGGCCUCUGCCCUUUCCUUCCGAGUGUGCUCGGUUUCUCUUCCUUGUUCAGACACCAAACGCCUCCAGAAAACCUCGAGGUCUCUUCCGUUCCCAGCGGGCGCCUGUGUCUGUGCAUGUUGCGGGGAACUAAGAAGCUCCGAACGGUCUGUCCACCCCAGAGCGGCGUUGCGUUCGCCGCUGCGCCAGUUUGCCUUCAUCGCUCUGCACCGCAACAGCUUCCUUCCGCUCCGGUCGGUUCUCCCUCUUCUCCGGGCACACAGAGCAGCGAUGCGGACAGGGAGGAACUUUUCUUCCCUCGCUCCUGUCCAGCAAGAAGGCGAGGGAGACCGCGGAAGCAGAGAGGCCAUGAAAGACGAGCACGCAGAUGAGACGGGGAACGGUCUCGCGGCAGAACGGGAGGCGAGAACGGGGAAGAGGUGCAGGCGCGACGCCGCGCAGAGCGAUGCGGACAGCAAGAAAGGCGACAGCGGAGAGAAGGAAAGACGACGAGAAGAGGACGCGGAAGAGGACGCGGAAGGGGACGGUGGGCGGCGGUUUCUUCUUCAGGGAGCAAGGGAGAGUUUCGCUUCGAUAGACCGCGAGGCCAUGCAGAAAGGCGAGAGAAGAGAGAGAGAAGAACGCGAGCAACAACAGACUGUGUCGCUCGAGAGCAUGUCGAGUGACCGAAGGCAAAGAGUCUUAGAAAUCACCUUGAGGGAAAAGGUCGAGUCUGGGGCAAACGCGGGCCAAACUUGGAAAAACGCGAGGAAGCGAACGCGAGAGAAAGGUUCAGAACAGAGGGACAGUGACCCAGAAGAACGCGUGAGGCUGCAGAACAAAGCAGCGAAGCGAGACUGUCGGAUGGUCGUGGAUUCAAGAUCUCUCUUUGCUCCGGCAUCAGGGGAGAGCUCUGAAGGCUUUGCUCCUGAACAUUCGUCGCUUGACUCCUCUGAAAAUGGCAGCUCGAAACGACGGAGUUCUUUGACCGUAGAAGGAACUUCAUCGGAGAGCUCGUCUUCUCAUCGCUGCUCGACGCCCUCAGCCUCUCGUGCUUCUGCUUGUCCUCUCCACGCUUCUCUCUCGCGUUCUUCUCCGUCUUCUCCUUCGAGUUUUUCUUCUUCUCCUCUCUGCUGCUCGUCUGAACUCUCGUCUCAGACUUGCUUCUGUCUCGCUUCUUCCGCUUCUCCCCCUUCUUCCCGCUCUCCUUCUUCUGCCUCGGCUUCUGCUUUGUGUCGUUUGUCUCCGUCUGCGAAUCUGCGAACUCAAUCGUUCGAGCCGAUGAGAAGUCAGUGGCAGCUCGGAGUCGCCAUUUGUUUAGCCGACGCUCCGAGCGAGGAGACAGGUCCUUCCGACUCCAAGCCGAGACACCCGAAAACGCAUGCAGCGGCGGCCAGUGAUCGCGAGGCGUCUUGGGCUGGAGGCGCAGACCUUGUCGACCUCUUCUUGCAGUCGGCUUUAGAGCCUUGUGGAUGGACAAGAAACUGGGGGACGCGAAGCGAAGACAAAGUCGACGGGGGAAGCCGAAUGGCUCGCGUUCCCGGCAGCUCUAAGGGCGUUUCGCACAACGCGGCCCAGGGUCGGAGAGAGCGCAUUUUAUACACUUUGAAUUUCGUCGAUUUCGACGUGCUCAGGACGCACAUCUCCUUUAAAAAACGCUGACAAACGGGCAAGCCGGAGACCCAUGGGUCGCAAAAAGGAAAUGUUUUUAAUAUGAUGUUGAUAUGCCUCCAAUUCAAAACCGAUUCUCGUCUCGACUCCAGCGCCCCCAUUCAAUCUUUUGCAAACACUGAUGUCGAUAUACUUAUAUAUAUAUAUAUAUAUGCAUAUACAUUUAUACAUUUACAUAUGUACUUUUAUAUAUUUACAUAUGUGUGUGAAUACGCUUCUUCAUUUA